CAAAUUCUCCUAUAACCAUUUACGUCUCUAAUGGAUAAUGGAGAAACCCCAUCAGUAUUGCUUCCCGUACAUGAUGACAUUUUUAAACUCAAAGACUUAAUUCCUUCAACCUCAUUGAUCCUUCCAAUGGCAACUCACAACCAACUUGGACAGGAAAUUGAUCAAUUUGCUCCUUCUAGUGAUAUCGAUUGGGUUAGCCUUCUUUCUGGUUCUCUUAAGUUUGGCGAUCAGAAUCAUCACCAACCACCAGUGGCCAGAGAUAAUAUUGGUGAAAAUGUAAACACAAAUAAGAUCAAGAAAGGUGGCUGUAAGGCCAAAAGAGUUGUACCACAAAGAAUUGCAUUUCAUACUAGGAGUGCAGAUGAUAUUCUUGACGACGGUUAUAGAUGGCGAAAAUAUGGACAGAAAGUUGUCAAAAACAGCAUCCACCAAAGGAGCUACUACCGGUGCACACAACAUACCUGCAACGUGAAGAAACAGAUCCAACGGCUGUCAAAAGAUUCGAGCAUUGUAGUGACCACAUAUGAGGGCAUUCAUAACCAUCCGUGUGAGAAAGUUAUGGAGACCUUAAGCCCCCUUCUAAGGGAGCUCCAGUUCCUAUCUAGAAUUUAGUUUAAUUAGCUUUUCCUUUUAUUAUUUCUUGUACAUGGAAAAAAAAUUGUGUUGGAGAACAAACUACUAAAGGGUCUGUUUGUCAUUAAAAUUUACUUUUAGGAUGUAUAUGAAUUUAACAUGUUUUACUUGUAAAAGAACUCGAAAUUAAUUAAUUGCAGUUUCAAGCAUUUUCCUUUUCCUAA